AAGACUACAAUGUGUUAAACACCUUAAGGUUAAUUGCUUAAUGUUAGUAGCACUUGCAUGUCAAACAUUCUAGUGCAAAAACUGGAAUAAACUUAUAAACAUACAUUUGGUCAGAAGAUGAGUUUAAACAAAAUGGGUGGGUUGGGAAUAAGAUGUAAACCAACAUUCUUAAGAUUAACCGUCCAUAUUGGUGGCAGUGACUCUUUGACAACAUCGACCAAGCUGAAACAACCAAGACUUUCAAUGGAAUCUACAGUCAAAACUCCGAAAUCUCUAUCUUUGCCCUGGAAAACCAGAAUUACACUUUGGGUACUCGACACUGGACUCGAUCUAAUUCUCCGGAAAGACGGCACAGUGAACCGCAGUCUUCUCAAACUCGGAGACUUGCGGAUCCGGCCUUGUUCCAAACCGGUCAAGGGUGUCAAGACAUAUGAUGUCGUGGUGGAUUCAACUCGCAAGCUCUGGUUCCGCGUUUUUGUCUCCACACAAUACGUGGCUCAAGAUCUUCCGGUGAUUGUGUUAUUUCACGGAGGUGGAUAUAUUGUCCUCUCCCCUGACUCCAAGAUCCACCACAAUUUUUGCCACAAGCUCGCAAGAGAAUUGCCUGCCAUAGUUGUUUCUGUUGGUUAUCGUCUUGCACCAGAGCAUCGACACCCUUCGCAACAUGAUGAUGGGCUUGAUGUGCUGAAAUUUCUGGACGCUGAAGUAAACAGGUCGAAAUGGUUACCAGAGAAUGCGAAUAUUUCACGAUGUUUUAUCGCGGGUGAUAGCGCUGGCGGACACAUAACUCAUCAUGUUGCUCUAAGAGCCUCCCAAUUCAACUUUCAACAACUUAAGGUAAUUGGGCUGGUGGAGAUCAAUCCGUUCUUUGGAGGGGAGGAGCGAACAGAUUCAGAGAUACGACUGGAUGGAACCGCGCCUAGCUUGUCAUUGAAGCAAACUGAUUGGUUCUGGAACGCGUUCAUGCCACUAGGUGAACCCCACAAUCGGGAUCAUCCUAUCAUUAAUGUUAGUGGCCCCAAUGCUGUGGACAUAUCGAAAAUCGAUUUACCACCCACCAUGGUGGUUGUGGCUGGGUUGGAUAUUCUACGGGAUUGGCAGAUAAGGUACCACGAGUGGCUCAAGAAGUCGGGGAAAGAAGUGUACUUGGUGAACUACCCGAACAUGUUUCACUGUUUCCACCUGUACCCGGAGUUGCCGGAAUCUGACCAACUUAUAUUGGAAGUGAAAGACUUCAUUCACAAGGUCUUAAGUAAGAUAUGCUGAUAAGCUUUGAUAGAUACCUACAUAAGAGAACGAAAAACACUACAUUCACAUGCAUUUAUCUUAGACUAUUUUGUAACUUUGCUUUAAUAGAUUUACUUAUGUGGGAUUAGGAUCAAAUACAAAGAUACUAAUUGUAAGAAGUGUAAGAAGGAUUUAUAGAGUGACAAGUGUCCAAUAACCUAUAAAAACCCACUACAUAAAAAAACCCACUACA